AUGACUAAAGUGUUUAUCACUGGUGUGACCGGCUACAUUGGUGGCGACAUCCUAGCCACGUUGACUGCUAAACACCCUGAGUUCUCCUACUCAGUUCUUGUCCGCAGUGCUGAGAAGGGAGAUCAAGUCAAGGCCCAGUAUCCAUCUAUUCGGGUCGUCCACGGUGACCUUGAUGAUUCUGCACUGCUGGAGCGCGAAAGUGCUUCAGCCGAUAUUGUGUUGCACAAUGCCGACGCUUCAGACCAUGUGGGAUCCGCCAAGGCCAUUGCUGCUGGGCUAGUUGCCGGACACACGAAAGAAAAGCCAGGCUAUUGGCUGCAUACCGGUGGCACUGGCAUCCUCACAUUUGAAGAUUCCGACUCGGGGCAGUAUGGGAACCCCAGUGACAAAGUUUACGACGACUGGGAUGGAGUGGAAGAGCUUCUCAAUCUCCCAGACCACGCAUUCCAUCGGAAUGUGGACCAGCUCGUCCUGGACGCGGCAGCGAAACAUGCAGACGUGCUCAAGGUAGCCUUGGUCUGCCCUCCAACAAUCUACGGUAGAGGACGUGGUCCUGUUUCCCAGCGUGGCCGACAAGUCUACGAACUGGCCAAUGUGACACUGCGCCUGAAAAAGGGCCCGAUCAUCGGCGCAGGCAAGUCCAUUUGGAACAACGUCCAUGUACAUGAUCUGAGCGACGUCUAUGCUCUUCUCGUGGACGCUGCAAUUGCCGGCCGGACUGACAGCGGGCUGUGGGGUGCUAAGACUUACUAUUUGACCGAAAAUGGGGAGCAUUGCUGGGGGGAACUGGCCCAGACUACUGCAGAGGUAGCUGCUAAACUGGGAUACUUGCCCGAGGCCAAAGCGGAACCCAUCGACCUGGAGAGCGCAAAGCAAUAUGCCGGUUUUGAGUCACUCAGUUGGGGUAUGAAUUCCCGCGGCCGUUCUCAGCGAGCACGAAAAGUUCUGGGAUGGAAGCCGUACAGACCUAGUCUGGUGGAAGAACUGCCGGAGAUCCUUCGGAGUGAGUGGCAACGGCUGCAAAAGUAG